AUGUGGAGGCCAUGGAUGCAGCGAGCCGCAUUGUGCUGCUUGGUCAUCGAGACCUUCAUAUGCAACACACUGGGAUCCUCCUCAGGUCUCAACAUGUGCAUGAGUGGAAGUGCUACCUCCUGUGAAGACUGUCUCCUCAUCCAUCCCAGCUGCGCCUGGUGCGCACAAGAGGAUUUUGGCAUUGGACGCACGUUACCAUCUCGAUGUGAUUUCACUUCAAAUCUGGUGAAAAGAGGCUGUGACACACGACACAUAGAAUCUCCAAAGAGCAGUGUUUCUGUGCUUCAAAAUGCAUUACUAAGUUCUAAGGGUUCUGGAUCGAACCACACUAAUGUGGUCCAGAUUAUGCCUCAGAAGAUCUCCCUCAGUUUGCGACCAGGAGAGCAGACAUCUUUUGAGGUGCAGGUGCGACAGGUCGAGGACUAUCCCGUGGACCUCUACUACCUGAUGGACCUGUCUCUGUCAAUGAAGGAUGAUCUGGACACCAUCCGCAAUUUAGGCACAAAGUUGGCAGACGAAAUGGGACAACUCACCAGCAACUUCAGGCUUGGCUUUGGCUCCUUCGUGGACAAAAACAUGUCACCGUUUUCAUAUACAGCCCCAAAAUACCAAGAAAAUCCAUGCAACGGGUACAAGUUGUUUCCAAACUGCGUCCCGACCUUUGGGUUCCGCCACAUCCUCUCGUUAACGGACAAAGUGGACCGCUUCAAUCAGGAGGUGCAGAAGCAGAUGGUGUCUCGCAACAGGGAUGCCCCAGAGGGAGGGUUCGAUGCCAUCCUGCAGGCUGCUGUCUGUAAGGAGGAGAUCGGCUGGAGAAAGGAGGCCUAUCACUUGUUGGUGUUUGCCACAGAUGAUGUCCCUCACUUGGCCUUGGACGGCAGACUCGGGGGCCUGGUCCAGCCUCACGACGGACAGUGUCACCUCAAUGAGCAGAACGAGUAUAGAGCUUCAACUCAAAUGGACUACCCUUCUCUGGCACUGCUGGGGGAGAAACUUGCAGAAAACAACAUCUUUCUAAUCUUUGCCGUCACAAAGCGUCUCUAUGUCAUUUAUAAGAAUUUCACAGCUCUCAUACCUGGCACAACAGUGGAAAUCUUAGACCAGGACUCCAAGAAUGUCAUACAGCUCAUCGUUAACGCUUACAAUAACAUCCGGUCCAAAGUGGAGCUGUCUGUGUGGGACCACCCUGAGGACCUGAGCCUCUCCUUCACAGCCACCUGUCAGGAUGGGAAGCCUCUGCCAGGCCUCAGGAAGUGUGUGGACCUCAAGAUCGGAGACACUGUUUCUUUUAAUGUCAGUGUGGAUGCGAGAGGUUGUCCUCCUAAAGGCACAGACCAGACUUUCACCAUCAAACCAGUGGGAUUUAAAGAUCGCUUGGAGGUGACCGUUGACUAUCAGUGCAAAUGUAUGUGCUCCCACAGAGCUCUUACCAACAGCAGCGUGUGCAGCUCCAUCGGUACGUACACAUGUGGGACCUGCCAGUGCGACUCGGGGUACCUGGGAGCCCGCUGUGAGUGCCAGGAGGGUGAGGCGGGCAGCAUGUACCUGAGUGCCUGCAGAGAGACCGAGGGCAAACAGAUCUGCAGCGGGAGAGGCGAGUGCAGCUGCAACCAGUGCCUCUGCUUCGAGUCGGAGUUUGGAAAAAUCUAUGGACGUUUCUGUGAAUGUGACGACUUCUCCUGCGCCAGACACAAAGGCAUCCUCUGCUCAGUUUUCUCCAAGUUUUCUCCGUCCUCUCCCCUUCCUCUCCCCUUCCUCUCCCCUUCCUCUCCCCUUCCUCUCCCCUUCCUCUCCCCUUCCUCUCCCCUUCCUCUCCCCUUCCUCUCCCCUUCCUCUCCCCUUCCUCUCCCCUUCCUCUCCCCUUCCUCUCCCCUUCCUCUCCCCUUCCUCUCCCCUUCCUCUCUCCUUCCUCUCUCCUUCCUCUCCCCUUCCUCUCCCCGUCUGUGCCCAGAAGCAGGUCCUGUCAUUUCGGGACAUGUCUCCACAGCGCUGGUGCAGUGA